AUGCCUGCCGACAUCCGUAGCUUCUUUGGCGGCGGUCCCCCAAAGGGUAGUCAGGGCUCGCAGAAGAAGGAGGAGCCUGCGCCGAAGAAGGCCGCACCCAAGAAGAAGGGACGCGCAAGUCGAGUCGUAGAAGACUCUGACGAUGAUGAGGAAGAGGCAAAGCCGAAGAAAGCGACACCAAAGAAGCCAGCCACGAAGAAAGUCAAGCGCGAACCCACACCAGAACCAGUACUCGAAGAAACCACCACAUCCGACUUCUUUGGCAGCUCGAAUAAGCCCAAGCGAACCGAACCAGUCAAGAAAGCUGCGGACAAGCCUGCUACAACACCAAAGAAGGCGCCUGCAAAGGCAAACGGAAAAGCGCCAAAGACGGCUACUCCGGCAUCCAAUGCGAAAACAUCUGGUCGCGCAAAGAAGCCCGUCACAUCCUAUGCCGAGCGGGACGACGAAGAUGAGUUCCCGGACGAUGACCUAGACGACGCAGACGACAUCUUCGAAGACAACAUCAAGGGCAAGGGCAAGGACGAUUACAAGGAAGAGCCGGAGAGCGAUGACGAUACCCCUAUACAGCUGCCACAUCGCGGAACACCGAAAGCGCCCGCUAAGCAGCAAAAGACAAUCAAAGACGAAGACGAUUUCGAUCCAGAAGACGAAGAUGUCGACAUGAAGGAUAUAGAUGCAGAAGACGACUUUGUUGAGCCUGACGAAGAUGAGCAAGCGCUUAAGAGUAAGCCAAAGAAGACAUCGACUGCAGGCAAGAAGCGGAAGUCACCCAUAUCAGAUGAAGAGGAAGAAGAGGAGGACGAGAAGCCAAAGAAGAAAGCACAGAAGAAAGCCGCUCCAGCGAAAUCGCCAGCAAAAAAAAAGGCGAAGAAGGAAGAUGUCGAAGACAGCGCAGAUAUCCAGGCCAUUUACGACAGCAUUCCUACAGUGCGUGCGCCCACACCUCCACUCAAGGAUGACAACGCCAAGUUCAACUGGCAAGCAAACGCAGGUCGUGGCGACGCCGCGCCUACUGGAGGUUCAUCCGGUGACAUGCCACAGGGCUCGGAUACAUGUCUUGCUGGUCUCACAUUCGUCUUUACUGGUGUACUACAAAGAUGGGGUCGGACAGAAGGCCAAGAGCUGGUCAAACGACACGGCGGAAAGGUCACUGGCGCUCCAAGUAAGAAGACCAGCUAUGUUGUACUAGGCACAGAUGCUGGCCCUAGCAAACUGCAGAAGAUCCGAGAUAUGAACAUCAAGACCAUCGAUGAAGAUGGACUGACACAGCUCAUUGAGAAACUGACAGCAGCCGGCAACAAGGGGGACAGUAAGGCCCAAGCCGAGUAUGCUGAGAAGCAACGCAAGGAGCAGGAAAAGAUUGAGAAGCAAGCUGCCGAGCUUGAACAGGAGGAGAAGAAGCGUCAAAAAGAGCAGGCGGCGGCAGCUGCGGCAGCCAGUAAGAAGAUGGGUUCAGCAGUUCCCGCUACUGCUCCCAGUGCAGGCCCUGCUGUUGACUCGCGAUUAUGGACCACCAAGUAUGCGCCCACAUCGCUUGGUCAGAUAUGCGGCAACAAAGCAACAGUCGAGAAGAUACAACGCUGGCUGCAAGCCUUCCCGAAGAAUCUCAAGACUGGUUUCAAGUUGGCUGGUAAAGAUGGUAGUGGAGUGUUCCGCGCCAUCAUCCUGCAUGGACCACCUGGUAUAGGCAAGACUACCGCAGCGCAUCUUGUCGCAAAGCUCGAAGGCUACGACAUUGUGGAGAGGAACGCCAGUGAUACCCGAAGUAAGAAGCUAAUCGAAGAUGGUCUACGCGGCGUCCUCAGCACCAACUCACUCCACGGGUACUUUGCUGGAGAUGGAAAGCAGGUCGAGGGUUCAAAGAAGAAGCUCGUUCUCAUCAUGGACGAAGUCGACGGCAUGUCUGCGGGUGACCGCGGUGGUGUCGGUGCACUCGCAGCAGUAUGCAAGAAGACAGAGGUACCCAUGAUUCUCAUCUGUAACGACAGGAAGCUGCCGAAGAUGAAGCCGUUCGACUACGUUACCUAUGACUUGCCCUUCAGACGUCCCACUGUCGACCAGGUACGCUCACGCGUCAUGACUAUUGCUUUCCGAGAAGGCUUGAAGCUGCCUCCGACAGUUGUCAACGCACUUAUCGAAGGCAGCCACUCUGACAUUCGUCAAGUCGUUAACAUGAUCUCCACCGCCAAACUCGACCAGGACGCCAUGGAUUUCGACAAGGGCAAGACGAUGUCAAAGAACUGGGAGAAGCAUGUCAUCUUGAAGCCGUGGGACAUUACACAGAAAAUCCUUGGUGGUGGCAUGUUUGCGUCGAGCAGCAAAGCCACGCUCAAUGAGAAGAUUGAACUCUACUUUAACGACCACGAGUUUAGUCCGUUGAUGCUGCAGGAGAACUACCUCGGCACAAACCCUAUCUUGUCUGGGCCUUAUUCCGGCAAGGAGAAGAACUUGAAGAAUCUUGAGUUGGUAUCGCAAGCAGCCGACAGUAUCAGCGACGGUGAUCUCGUCGAUCGCAUGAUUCACGGCUCUCAACAACAGUGGAGUCUGAUGCCUGCACACGCCGUCUUCAGCUUCGUCCGACCCGCCAGCUUCGUUUCUGGUAGCACAGCCGGAAAUGGGACGCGCUUCACAUCGUGGCUAGGAAAGAACAGCACGACCAACAAGCUUAGUCGCAUGAUCAAGGAGAUUCAAGCCCAUAUGCGGUUACGUUCUUCUGGUGACCGCCACGAGGUUCGGCAGCAAUAUGUACCUCUUCUCUGGCACGACUUGGUACACAAGCUGCAGAAGGAGGGUAAAGAUGCUGUUCCGGCUGUGAUCGAACUGAUGGAUAGUUAUUAUCUUACAAAAGAUGACUUUGAUGCGAUCAUGGAGUUGGGUGUUGGGCCGAUGGAUCAAGAGAAAGUUAAGAUUGAGUCGCAGACUAAAUCUACCUUUACACGACUCUACAAUCAACAGUCCCAUCCCCUUCCCUUCAUGAAAGCAUCAUCUGUUACACAGCCGAAAGGCAAACAAGCCAAAGAGAAACCGGAUCUUGAGGAAGCGAUUGAUGAAUCGGAUGAUGGCGAGGUUGUGGAGGAAGUCAAAGAUGAAGAGGACGACGAUGUAGACCUAUCGAAGGACAAGUACGUGAAGCAGCCGAAGAAGAAGGCUGCGCCCAAGAAAGCCGCAGCUAAGAAGGGAGGGAAGAAGAAGAAGGAGGAAGAGGAGGAGGAUGAUAAUGACGAGGAUGAAGAGGAGGAAGUGAAGCCGAAGGGUAAGGGCAAGGCUAAGGCGGCGCCUAAAGGGAAGAAGAAGUGA